ACGGAAGUAAAACCGCGAACGAUAUCCAGUGUUGCGCCAACAGACCAAACCACCCACAACCCCCUCUUCUGUAAUUGUGUGCAAUUGGAACAGUUGAGUGGCAGGAAAAAAAGGAAUAACACAUUCUCCGGGAUCCUAUUCCCCACUGCUCCGCGUGUAGUUGGAUACGAACGGUUGGUGGAAGGUGCGAAUGAGAAUGGGCUCCUCCUGCUGCCCCCAAUGGUAGUGAUCUCGAACCCUUUUCCAAUCACGGCCGCCACCGAUUUCCUAGCGGUCGCAGUCGUAGUCGUUCUGUCCCGGAAGGAUGUGUGCGGUGGAUGUGAACUCGCCGUUUUUUUUCCUCCCUCCCCCGAUGAUAAUGUAGUUUGAUAAAAAAAGCGAGGAGCAUUUAGGAGGAAAUAACAGUGUGAGAGAGGAUGGACAUUCCCACAUAAAAACAGCGUGAUAAACGGCGCGAGCAGAUACGGUCAGCUGCAUAUGGGAAGACAGUGAAUCGAAAAGGCAAAAGCCACUCCUCCCAUUUGGUCGAGGGGGUAGAAAUAUUAAACUCCGUUCUAGUGUGUGAACCGGGAUCGUUCUUCAGUGCUAUUUAAGAAGCUCCAGUUCUGGUACGGGCGGGCGGCGGGAGCUAAAAGGAUAACAACUUGUUCCCGAGGCGACCAGGAGUGGGGUGUUCUUAGGAGAACGAAAGUGAUGCUGUGACGAGAUUGAAUUAAGAAGAUGAUAAAUUUAUGAAACGGGUAGGAAGCAAAGCUGAAGGCCCAAACGUAUGUGUCAUGGAGCAUUAGGCGUGACGUGGAGCAGCAGAAGUAGGAUUCAUUCGGAUGUUGACGGGGAAGAAAAAAGGCCAGUCUCCGUGUGCUCGGGAAGGGGAUUAGUGAUGUGAUGUACGUGUAGAAUCGGGCAAUCGUAUAAGUCGGAUGAUUCCUAGCUCCUAGGGAAGUUGGCAACGUGCCCCGUGAGCAAACGCCAAUAAUUACGUGACAGCGGAGGCGACGACGGCGACGACGACGACGACGACGGUUACCUUUCUGCAAAGUCAGUGGCUAGUGUAAUCGUCCUGCAGCCUGCCAAAACGCAAAAACCCAACAGUGUAAACGCAUACAAACAGUGAUUAAAACAUGUGUCCAACCAGCAGUGAGUGCUUCGCUCCACGUACGAUCAAAGGCGCAUAAUUCAGACCGAACUGGAAAAGGCAGCAGUCCCCAGUCAGCAGUGCACCAAAUCCCUUGGACCGGUCCCAAGCAGGCACGGAGCCACAACUGCUGCAGCAGGGUAAAAUGAUAUUGAAAGAAAAAUACACGCCAUAGCAGGCCCCUGUGGCAACAGUUGAAGCACAUAGGACAUAGGAGCCCCAGCCCAGCAAGCAAGAGACAACCAGUCGGGACAGACCACUAAUGACGACGACGACGACGACGACGACUAGUAGGUACUUGCACGAUGCGAUGGCCCCGAUGAUGGAUCGAUUGUAUUAGUGUGCGGUUUUGCUGCAACCCCACCACCCACAAACGGAAAUAACUUACACACCCGGUUACUGGGUGUCUCGUAGAAAAGCCAAAGUGCGAAAAGUUGCAGCUUGUUGCUCCUGGGCAGAACUUUAAAGCCUGCCGAACCAGAACGCCAAACGAGACGAAUAGGGCAGUCUGUUAUUUACUGUGAGCAGCGCCCUACAAAUAAGUGAAAAUCAAUACGAUUAUACAGCUCAAACCAAGUAGAGAAGUGGAUGGGCAAAUCUGAGGAUAAUUAAACCGAAGCAGCGGCAGUCGCUCAGAUCAUUAGGGAGGAGAGAACCUGCGUGGCGUGUAAUUUGAUCCUGUAAAUCUCGUCAAGAUUAAAAUAAAAUCACAGCCAUAAAAAUGUACGGAUUUGUGAAUUAUGCACUGGAGCUGCUAGUACUCAAAAACUUUGGGAUAGACAUAUGGGAACAAAUAAAGAAAAGGGCUCAGGUCAACAUGGAGGGACAGUUUCUUGUCCGCCAGAUCUACGAAGAUGACAUCACGUACAACCUGAUAGAGGCCGCGGUGGAUAUUUUAAAUAUCCCCGCCGGUGACAUCCUGGAGCUGUUCGGGAAGACCUUCUUUGAAUUCUGCCAAGACUCGGGAUACGACAAGAUCCUUCAGGUGCUCGGAGCAACGCCUCGGGAUUUCCUGCAAAAUUUGGACGCUUUGCACGACCAUCUCGGCACGCUCUAUCCCGGUAUGCGUGCCCCGUCCUUCCGGUGUACGGAAACGGACGGUCAACUGGUGCUGCACUACUACUCCGAGCGGCCCGGCCUGGAGCACAUAGUGAUAGGGAUUGUCAAAGCCGUCGCAUCGAAACUGCACGGAGUCGACGUGGAGAUCAAGAUCAUCCGCCGGAAGGGUGAUCCCAUUGAAGUGCCCACCUCCAAGCCCGAGGACAAGCUGAAGUCACCUCCCGCUGCGCCUCCUCCAGCGGUGCCGGUUGUACCAAAACCAGUUCCUAUCAUCACUUCAGCCGAUCCGGCCGUGCCAGAGCUGGCAAACCUAGGUCUAUGUAAACGAAUACUAAUGUCUAAAACGUACGGUGAAUCUUAUCUAUCGAAUAGACUGAAUAAUUUAGCAACCUCCAAAAGCUCGACCACGCUUGCACACCGAACCGACCCUACGUCUUGCAAUGGCAAUAAACCUAGCUUAAGUAGUAGUCAAAACGGAAGCAAUAGUAGACUGUUUUUCGAUGAUAGCCAAUCGACCACUAGUAGUAACGACACCAAUAAUUGUGAUAGCAAUCAGCCCACGACGGCAAAGGUCCCGCAGAUGGUCGAACGGUCCGAUCACAUACAGUUUCUGAUCACUGAGAUCUCCGCUCCGAAGACGCCCACCCGGAGGAGCGAGGACAAGGAACAACAAGCCGACUACCAGCUGGUCGCAAAAGAACCAAUGAUCUCGCCGACGACCUUCUGCAAGGUUUUCCCCUUCCAUCUGAUGUUCAAUCGGGACCUGAUCGUCGUACAGGCUGGCAAAUCCGUUUCCCGGGUCAUACCCAAAAUCUCCGAGCAAAACUGCCCCCUGCUGACGAUCUUCGAAGCGAUCCGACCGCACCUGGAGCUAAGCUUCGGCAACAUCCUGGCACACAUCAACACAAUCUACGUGCUCAAGACCAAAGCGGGCGUGAUGGCUAUUAGUGAGAGAUACCUAAGACUGAAGGGUCAAAUGAUGUACAUCCCGGAAUCGGACCUGAUUCUGUUCCAAUGCUACCCAAGCGUAAUGAACCUGGACGAUCUGACCAAGAAAGGCCUUCACAUAUCGGACAUCCCGCUGCACGACGCCUCCCGGGACCUGGUGCUGCUGUCCGAAAAGUUCGAAGCCGAAUACAAACUGACCACGAACCUGGAAAUCCUUACCGACCGACUUCAGCAAACCUACCGGGACCUGGAAAGCGAAAAGCAGAAAACCGACCGGCUUCUGUAUUCAGUUCUCCCGAAAACCGUGGCCAACGAGCUGCGACAUCAGCGGCCGGUGGCCCCCAAGCGGUACGAAGGCGUCACGUUGAUGUUCUCCGGUAUCGUCGGCUUCGGGCAGUACUGUUCGGCCAACACCGACGCCGACGGAGCGAUGAAGAUCGUCAAGAUGCUCAACGAGCUGUACACGUGCUUCGACGAGUUGACCGAUUCGAAGAGCAAUUCCAACAUCUACAAGGUGGAAACGGUGGGCGACAAGUAUAUGGCCGUUUCGGGACUGCCGGACGAGUGCGAGAAUCAUGCCAAGUGUAUAGCGCGACUUGCGUUGGACAUGAUGGAUAUGGCGCGGAACGUCAAGAUGGGAUCGGAAGCGGUGCAAAUCACCAUCGGAAUCCACUCGGGCGAGGUCGUCACCGGAGUCAUCGGCAACCGGAUGCCCCGGUACUGCCUAUUUGGCAACACGGUCAACCUGACGAGUCGCACGGAAACGACCGGCAUCCCCGGGCGGAUCAACAUCAGUGAAACGACAUACAAACUCCUCUGCGAGCCAGUCAACCAGGACCCCUCGUUCCACCUCGAAUACCGCGGACCCGUGGUAAUGAAAGGCAAACCGGAACCGAUGGACUGCUGGUUCGUCACCCGGGAGAUACCCAACAGCAAUGGGCAACCACCGCCACCGGGGAGCACCCCAUCACCCACGGGCACCAAAAAGUAGAAACCCCAUUUUUCCCGUUUGCCACCUUUCGGCACAGCCAUCUUAGUGCGAAUAUGAGAUAACCGAAAACAAAACAAAAUCCUAACAAAGUAAACCAAACAAAAUACAGUGAGAUUUAACUAAGAUUCGAUUACUUGCAAGAAUCCAAAUCCGUAGUGAGAACUAGUAGCUCGAGUAGAUUAUUUCUAUUGAAAAGUAAGACCGAACAGUAGCCAAACAAAAAUACAAAGAGAAGAAUAUUUAUCUAACAAAACAAAAACUUUCAAACCAAGCCAAACAUGACGAAAAAUAAUUGCUUUGCGAAAAAACAGAAAAUACGCGAUUAGAUGUUGUAAUUCACCUAUUAAACAAAUCGAGUAAAGUAAACCAAAAAAAAAAUCAAAGUAGAACAAACAGAAAAACUGUAGAUUCUUCAAUUUAAAAAUUGAACCCUGAUCAAAGCCAUUUCUAAACUUGUAGAUGCGAAUGAGGCAAGACACCGUUGUUACCUAAAGCUUUGUCCUAUUAGUAGACCUGUUUUGUAUUGUUUUUUAAUUGACGGAUAUUUUUGUAACAUGAAAGUUAGAUUUUUACGGCAAACCAGCGGAUGACUCUUUCCUAACAAACCUACCGCAGGCGAUGAGAUGAUAUUAGAUGGAUUAUUUUGUUGUUGAAAGUAUUAUCGUUGAAAUGAGAUAUGUUGUCCUAACCGGGCUGAAGGGGUGGUUAGAUUAAAUCGACGGAGCCCGUACUUACUUACUACUUUGGCCAACAAAUAAGUAACUACAUAAACACACAAAAUAAGAAAUAAUCAAAACAUGAAUGGAUACAUCUAUCUAGCAGUGAACUUUGCGUGUCAUUUGAAACAGUGGAAAACAGUGUUGGAUCGGUAAGAAGCGGAUUAAACAAGCCCACAACAGCUCGAAUACAUAUGAUGUGAACCAA